UGUUAUGUUUGCCAGCCUGAGUGAUGUAAACAUGGCCACCACAACACUCAAGACGGUGAGCCAUUUAAAACACUUUAAACAUUAUGACAUAACUGCCUCACGAGUCCUUCAGAAAACACAUAUAUUACGGGCUGGAAGGCUGUAUGGUACGAGUGAGGCAAGAAAACCCAUAACUACUACUCACUACUGUCUGGAUAUUGUCAAACAAAAUGAUUAUGAGAACUUCCUCUCAGUGCUGUUACUUCCACAGAAUGCCCGAGCCACAGCUGUGGCCAUACGUGCAUUCAAUGUGGAACUUGCUCAGGUAUCAGACAUGACGUCCGAGACACUGAUGGGCAAAAUGCGGCUCCAGUUUUGGAGAGACACUUUGGACCAAAUAUAUCAGGGUACAGCUCCCAAACAACCUGUGGCCUUAGAGUUGCAAAGGUGUUGCUUCUUUCCUCUUCAGGCUGUAGAGAUGCACAGACUGUCUAAACGCUGGUUACGAAGUCUGAUUGAUAGCCGUGAGGAGCAGUUGGAUAAUAAGCAGUUUGCAUCUAUAGCAUCAGUGGAGAACUAUAGUGAGAAGUGCAAUUCCCCCUUGUACUACCUCAUACUCCAAGGAUUGGUGUUCAAUCUGUGGACCAAGAGGACGUACGGCAGGGCAAGACGCGGGGAGCGUGUGCAUCGUGCCGUUGGUGGACAGCGUGGCAGAAACACGACAGUGAUUGCUGCGAUAGCUGAACACUGUGGAAUACUCUAUCACGAAAUUCACUAUGGUUCAGUGACGAAGGAAGUAUUCAGUGAUUUCAUCCCAUCACUUGCAGCAAUAAUCGGAGACGCAAGAUCCAUACAUGUUCUAGACAACGCUCCAAUUCACAACGGUAUCGCAGCAGUCUAUCCCGAGCUGAAUUUUAAAUUUCUCCCUCCAUACUCUCCUUGCUUGAACCCCAUAGAAAACUGUUUCUCUGUGUUUAAAUCAUACCUGAAGCAGUACCUCCACCGUGAAGCUCCACGGUGCAACGCGGCCCACGCCAGGCAAGAAGGAGUGACUCUCAAUGCACUGAGGGAGAAAAUUUUGCAAGUUGGCGUGGAAUCUGCACUGCCUACUGUCACGGAACAUGUUGUGUCGCAGAACUAUAACCAUGUCAACACCUACUUGGUUCAAUGUAUUGAGUGCCGAGAUAAUCUUCAAUUGAUAUACAGUAGGUCUACAGUAAUAGAGUAUAACCUUCUGCCUUACCGUUUGUUCCUCUUGAAACAAUUCACAACAAAAACCUUCUAUACACUCGUGGGUUCUUUUUUACCUGACAGGUUAAUAUUCGUGAGGCAGAGGAGGAAGGCAAGUCAACGGGAUGCUGAUAUGACACUCCUCUCCCCAAUCCCACUACCCCUCUCACCCUCACCUACCUCCAUCCCUCACCUACCUCCAUCCCUACCUUACAGCCAGGCAGAAACAACCCACCAAGGUGUACGAGGCCUUUACUGUGAAUUGCUUCGUGGAAGUAUCAUGACACCAAGCUAUUAGUAUAAGGCCCUUUUUUCUUUGUUUCAUUUUAAGCAAUCGUAUGUUUUAUGUGGCUACUACAUACUAAAGACUAAAGACAUUACAUAAUUACAUAUGUUUAUACCAGAAUUCGUUGUGUUGUUGAUGUUUGUGUAAGUAUACUCAAAAAUUAAAUAUUCAUGGCUGUUACUGAUUUUAAAGAUUGUUGAAUAAAUUCUUUUCAAUGA